AUGAGAGGUUUUAGCAUCGCAAAAGGGAUUUUGAUUAUAUGCGGCGUCCCUGAUGACGGGGCACACGUCACUGCCGACGUCACGUGCGACAGGGCGUUGAACCAUCUCCUCGUUCUCGUAGACCCAGAGCGUCUGGGUGUGCUUCUCGACGGAUUCGACGUAGGUGUCGGGACGGAGGAAGAUGUGAUCGAGCUGCGACUUCUUCUGGUGGAGACUUUGAUUACCAAAAAAAAAAAAGGUGGAGACUUUGUUGAUUUUGAGAUACUUUACGAAUGUGAGAAGCUGGAGGACCAGAGACUUAUUAAUGAUAUCUGUAGGAAUGGUGACUCUGUUUUGCAUCUGAUUGUGAAGAGAUCUGCUAAAGUUCGUGCUAAGCCUGUGGAUAAGAGCUUUGAGUUGUCUAUUGUUGCUCCUCCACAAGCGAGAGUUGUGACACAGAGGAAGCAGUUCUCUGUGGAGCCUCUCAUCGUUAAUCCUAAAGUGAAGUUAUCUCCAGUGGUCAAAGAUAUGAUUAGCUCUGCUUCUGAUGGGCUAAGAAGUGAGAACCCUCUUGUGAGGUCAAGAGAGGGAACAGGAGGAGCUUAUUUCAUGCAGGCUUCGUCUGGAAACAAGUGA